AUGAACUCCACUCAGGUUUCAUAUUUCACGCUCGCCGCUUACUUUGACGGCGGAUCUUUAAAGUACUUGUAUUUUGUGAUUGUUGUGAUUUUGUAUGUUUUCAUCGUGGCAGCGAACGUGUGUGUGAUCGUGGUCAUCUGCGUGAACAGAAGCUUACAUGAACCUAUGUACCUUUUCCUGGUCAGCCUGUGUGUGAAUGAGCUGUAUGGUAGUUCAGGGUUGUUUCCCUUCCUGCUGCUUCAGAUCCUCUCUGACCUUCACACCGUUUCUGCUGCAGCUUGUUUCCUGCAGGUUUACUGCGUGCACACGUACGGAGCUGUCGAGUAUCUGAACUUGGCCGUCAUGUCUUAUGAUCGAUACCUGGCCAUCUGUCUCCCUCUGCAGUAUAACGCUCGGAUGACGUUGAGCAGGGUGGGCGCCCUGGUGGCUCUGACGUGGUCGUACCCGUUGCUCGCUUGUAUCGUGGUCAUCUAUCUGAACUCUCAGUCCCGGCUGUGCGGGAGCGUCAUUCACAAAGUCUACUGUGACAGCCACUCGGUGGUGAAGCUGGCCUGCUCAGACGCUCACGUGGUUAACGCGUACGGGCUCGUUGCGUCUUUCGGCACGAUCUUCGGGGCUUUCGCGUUCAUCCUUUACACCUACGUGAAGAUUCUCCUCGUCUGUUUUUCCGGCUCCAAACAGACACGUCAGAAAGCCGUGAGCACCUGCUCGCCUCACCUCGCCUCGCUCUGCAACUUCUCCGUCGGGGCGAGCUUUGAGUUGAUCCAGAGCCGCUUUGAUAUGAGCAGCGUGCCCAACGUACUGCGAAUAUUUUUGUCCUUGUACUUCCUCACCUGCCCGCCGCUCUUUAACCCCGUACUGUACGGCCUGAACCUGUCCAAAAUCCGACUCAUAGGCAAAAGUCUGCUGCCAAAAGUGGGCUAG